UCUUUCACUUCAACUCCAUCAAGAAACUUCAAACUGCCAAACAAAGCAUUUCUUUCAAAUUUUAAUCACCAAAAACACUCCCAAAGUCUUUUCACUUCUUGCUUCAUAUUCCAAUGGAUGUCUACAUAUCUGAAGAGUAUGUCAACCGCAGGAGAAUGGAGAAAAAUGCUGCAGCUGUUGCCGGAAAGAAUCUGAGGUUCGGCUUUUGUGCAUGCGAUAGACUGGAAAAGAGAAAAAACAUUCCUCAGAUACCAGAACCUGGGCCGGAGAAUGAGUUUCGGGUCACCCGCGGUGGUGUUUAUGAGAGUUGUGUUUUCCAAUGCUUCUCGCCGUAAUAACCAGAGCGUUCGCGUUUAGUGAUUCAAACGUAGACGCAGUUGCAUAUGCAUGGGCUGUUAUAUUAGCUGUAGCUCUUGUAUUUGUAUCUCUUGGUUUUUAACUUUUUAUGCUACUAAUAGUGUAUUUAUAGCGGGGGUUUUAAUAACUACGAGUGUGUUUAUCCAUAAA